GUUGACUGGAAUCCACGAGAUCUGUUCUGUGAGCAUUGUAUACUCAGAUUAUCAAACCAUACGAGUUGAUUUGUUCUCAAUCAAAGCAAUUAAGUUGUAGUGUCUUAACACUUAGUACUAAUUUAUGUAAUAAGAAAGACUCUGAAUACAAGCAAUUGAACUGGAGCUUCACAUUUACUCAACACUAGUUAGUACAAGAAUAACAUAGAACAACACUGCGCAUGACCAAGGGUGCUCCAUCCUUAAAGGGGACAUCAGUAAUUAACAGAACAUAAGUAUUUCGGCGAAUUUAUCAUUUGUGCAGGAGUCUCUGACGCGAAUAAUCCACAUCAACUGCUGUAUAUAAUUGUGCAUCUGUCCAGUGUUCCAUCUAAACCAAUUUUACAUUAACAGAUAAUGGCUUUGGCUCGGGUGUUUUUCCGUUUACAUGGCUAUUUGCAACCCAUAUCGAAAACACAGGCUCCUUUGGUCUCCCGACUCAUACGGACCCAGAAUGAAGCGAGGUAUUGGCAGUGUACUGCUGCUCCACAGUCGACGAGUUGUCAUUGGCAACUUCAGGAAGAAUGCCUUGAGCUCAGCUAUGGAGGACUUGUGAUGCACUUUGACUAUGUGUGGCUACGGGAUCAUUGCCGCUCUGCCUCCUGCUACAACAGCAAGACCAACCAGAGGAACCUAGAUACGUCACAUGUGGAGCUGAACAUAUGUCCCGCCAACACCAGGGUGGAUGAUGAGAAUCUCUUCCUCACAUGGCCUGAUGGUCAUGUGACAAAGUACAACCUGAGUUGGCUGGCUCAGAACAGCUAUGAGGGACUGAAGCAGAGUGCCAUGCAGCCACGCAUCAUCUGGAACUCUGACAUCUAUGCCAAUGCCAAGGUGUCCCCUGCCAAUUGGGACAAGUUUAUGACCUGUGAUGAUGAACUGAAGAAGUUCCUCAGGAACUUUCUGCUGUAUGGCAUUGCUUUUGUGGAGGGUGUCCCACCAACUGUUGAGGCCACAGAGACUGUUACCCAGAGGGUCAGCCUCAUCAGGGAGACUAUGUAUGGCAAGAUGUGGAACUUCACUUCAGAUUUCUCCCGAGGAGACACUGCCUACACCAAACUGGCCCUGGACCGUCACACAGACACCUCAUACUUCCAGGAACCUUGUGGGAUCCAAGUGUUCCAUUGCCUUAAACACGAGGGAACGGGAGGAAGAACACUACUCGUGGAUGGAUUCUAUUCUGCAGACCAAGUACUCCAGAAGACACCUGACAACUUUGAGCUGCUAGCACGGGUGCCUAUCAAGCAUGAGUACAUUGAAAAUGUCAGCGACCACCGCAACCACAUGAUAGGCAUCGGCCCUGUGCUCAACGUGUAUCCCUGGAACAAUGAGGUGUACAUGAUCCGAUACAAUAACUAUGACCGGGCAGUCAUAAACACUAUCCCCCAUGACGAUGUCAAUCGAUGGUAUGUGGCUCACAGACAGUUGACCACAGAGCUGAGGAAGCCAGAGAAUGAGUUGUGGGUCAAACUGAAGCCUGGAAAGGUUCUCUUCAUUGAUAACUGGCGUGUCUUGCAUGGUCGGGAGUCCUUCACAGGCCUGCGGCAACUAUGUGGCUGCUACCUGACCAGAGACGACGUCUUGAACACUGCCCGCUCCCUGGGUCUGCAGGCCUGAGUGAAGAAGAGUCUCCAGCCAAAAGCUGCAGUAUUUUGGAGAUAAAAGCUGCAGCCCUGCUUCUUCAGAAUACCAUAUUAUUAAAUCAAAUCAACAACAAAAAAAGCACAGGUGCCAAAUACAACAAUCCCUUAACCAACAAUGCAGUUCAAGAAAUAGAGUUAAGAAAAUAUUUUCUAAAUAAAGUAAAAAAAAUGUAAUCAAAACGUAACACAAGAUAUUUACAUAACAACAACGAGGCUAUAUACAGGAAGAACCGGUACCGGGUCAACGUGUGGGGGUACAGGUUAGUCGAGGUAAUUUGUAAAGUGACUCUGCAUAGAUAAGUAACAGUGAGUAGCAGCAGUGUAAAAACAAAGGGGGGGGGAUGUCAAUGUAAAUAGUCUGGGUGACCAUUUGAUGAAUUGUUCAGCAGUCUAUGGCUUGGGGUUAGAGGCUUUUAAGGAGCCGUUUGAUCCUAGACUUGGCGUUCCAGUACCGUUUGCCGUGUGGUAGCAUAGAGAACAGUCUCUGUGCAACUGGGUACUGGACUUCCUGAUGGCCGCCCCCAGGUGGUGAGGGUAGGUAACAACGUCUCCACCCCGCUGAUCCUCAACACUGGGGCCCCACAAGGGUGCG